AUGGCACCAAUAUCGCUUACGAGCCUUCCGGUCGAUGUCGUCAUCGAGGUUUACUACGCUUUGGUCGAACUUGACCGGCCGUCUUUCGAGCGUUCUAAUGACAAUCCUCCUAUAGUCCGCUCUGAUCUAGGCUGGAUACGUCUUACGCAAGUUGGGCACUACUUGAGGGACGUUGGUCUGAAUACCCCUACCCUUUGGGCUCGUGAUUUCGACGUUUUCCCCAGGGCCUUCGACGUUUUCCUGGCCCGUUCGCAAACCGCACGCCUACACUUGCAUAUCGAUUUGGACGGCAGUUGUCAUGAUCAGAUCAUGCGGAAUUUGAAUCAGAUGGUCCCACGAGCAAUGUUCAUCUCUGGGGCCUUUUAUAGCCAUUCUGAGGCGACAGAAGUCAAGUCCCGAAAGGCGGCAUCACAACUUGUUGACGCUCUGUCCCAUCAUGAUCUGCUCAACGCUUGUGGCAUAUAUCUUGGUGGCAACAAGCGUAGCUUUGUCAAGCCCCUAAACACGAUAAAGGCCCCAAAUCUGACGCGCCUCGACCUUCAUGGAACGUAUAUACCGUUCACGGCCCCGUCCCUUCAACACCUCCACCUCGCAAAUUGCCGCUCUCUAAAUACGGAAGUGCUUGUGGAUCUUUUGAGAACUAUGCCACGAUUGAGAUCGCUGCAGGUCACGGACUGCGCACUGGAUCCCGCUCGGGAAUCCCUUGAGCCAGUAUCAUUGCCCAAACUGGCGUCUUUCGGCAUCGGUGGCCAAUAUCACGUCCUUCGCACGCUGGCACGGUGCAUCUCAUUCCCCGUGCUUGACCCAGCUAGCUGGAAUUCAACCUUCCCUCCACGUAUACAGAUUGAGAAGACUAGUGGGGAAGACGAUAUAUAUGGCUCUCUCGCUUGCUUCCGCUCGCGGUUGCCACCUAACUUCGCCGCCCCCGCCGCCCUCACAUUGCCCAUAGAGAUAGCACCCGUAGCGGGACUGCUCGCUCUUGUACGUGUGCUACUCAGUGAUUCAUGGGAUCCUACGAAGGAAGACCACCCCUCUCGCUAUGUGAUCUUUGAAUCACGCCCCAGAUUGGACUGGCAAGACUCGAGUCGCAGUGUGACCGAGUUUCUUGCCGCUCUAGCGAGGCUUUUCUCCUCCAGCGUCCGCGCAAUCUACAUCAUGGGAGGCAUCUCGAGACGUGAAGAUAUGUUCAGGCCCACACGUUAUUCACCAGCCGGUGACCGCGAGAGGCUGAGCGCCCCCCUGCGACAAUUCCGAUUAGUCACCGAACUUCAUCUUGGACCAGCUGCAGGCGGACUCCCUGAUCUCAUGCACGGCGGAGGACCCUCAACCGAGAUCGUAUUUCCUGCGUUGCAGACCAUCUAUCUUCAUGUUUCCCGGGUGACCGGGUACCCUGCAUCGCACGAUAUAAUAUUUUAUGGGGACGAAGUUGGGAUCAAACAUGUUGACGAAUCCUGGUGGGCCGAGUUUGUCGCCAUGCUCGUAGGCCGUGCGACCGAAGGUCGUGCCAUCCAGCGCCUCGUGUUGCAAGGCCAUCUGUGCCACAUCGUGUCGAAGGAGGGGGAGGGGAAUGAGCCGACGAAAUUGCGGUCACUCGAUCUGGAGAGUGUACGACGGAUUGCCGAGGUGGUGAUUGAUGAACGUGUUCAUUGCGGUCACGCAUCUUCAGAGGCCGGUGAAAAUGCAGAGACGUAG